AUGGUGCUCAAGCAACAAUUGCACAGCUUGUGCGGGCAGCCGAGGUUCAGGCAACAGCUGGUGUUCUUCCAUGACGGUGUAGUUGCGAAUGUCAGUGAUGAUCACAUCUUGCGACAAGGCGAAGCGCAGCUCGUGCUUAUACCUUUCAGCCCUGCAUCCGAAAAGCAAGUUAAAGAGCUCCGGGAUGCUGCUGGAAGUGGCCUUGCUUCCACCGUGGAGGCUAUUUUACAGAGGCCUCAAGACCCAGAUUUAGGUCAGCCAACCCCUCUGUUGGUGGCAUGCGCACAUGGCCAUGUGGAGGUUGUCGAGUUGUUGCUGGAGGCCAGAGCCGAUCUCAACAAGGCCACCAACGAUGGCAUCACUCCUUUGUUCAUUGCAGCACAGGAAGGGCUGCUGGAGGUUGCACGUCUACUGCUGGAAGCCCAUGCUGACAAGGACAUGGUCAUGGAGGAUGGCAUGAGCCCUCUGCUCAUUGCAUCUCAGAGCGGGAAAGUGGAGGUCGUGCGGCUACUGCUGGAGGCCAAAGCUGACAAAGACAAAGCAAAUGGAGAUGGUUCCACCAGUCUGUUCAUGGCAGCUCAGAAGGGGCAACUGGAGGUUGCGCGUGUACUGAUGGAGGCCGCGGCUGAUACAGAUAAAGCCAAGGCUGACGGUGCUACCCCUUUGUUCAUGGCAGCUCAGGAAGGGCAGUUGGAAGUGGCGCGCCUUCUGCUUGAGGCCAAAGCUGACAAGAAUAAGGCCAGGCACCACGGCGCCACACCUCUGUUCGUCGCAGCUCAGGAAGGACAGUUGGAGGUUGUCCGUCUACUGACGGAGGCGAAGGCUGACAAGAACAGUGCUAUUGAUGGCGGCGCUACCCCUCUGUUCGUUGCAGCUCAGGAAGGGCGGCUGCAGGUCGCGCAACUUUUGCUGGAGGCCAAAGCUGACAAGGACAAGUCCACAAACAUGGGUGCCACUCCUUUGUUCAUGGCAGCUGCACACGGGCGAUUGGAGGUUGGGAGGCUGCUGAUGGAGGCCAAGGCUGACAAGGAUAAGGCCACGAACAUCGGUGCCACCCCUUUGUUCAUCGCUGCUCAGGAAGGGCAGCUGGAAGUUGCGCGCCUUUUGCUGGAGGCCAAGGCUGACAAAGAUAGGGCCAAGAAUGAUGGCACCACCGCUUUGUUCGUCGCAGCUCGGUGCGGGCAGAUGGAGGUUGCGCGUCUACUUAUGGAGAUGAAAGCCGACAAGAAUAAGGCGGUUGAGGAUGGCACAAGCCCUCGUUCAGCGCAGCUGAGCUCGGGCAGUUCGAGUCGCAGCGUCCCGCGAUGCAGCCUAUGUUGA